AUGGCUCGCAACUCCGAUACAACUGUGCUUACGGCUAAAUACAUUGGACCAUUCAAGAUUUCAGUGGCCGAUAACAAGAGUGGAACUUACGAAGUUAACAAUGUUGACAGUUCAAGUACUCUUAAUAUCGGAUCACAUCGAAUUCCGACGACAGAAAUCAUCCUUCGUUGCACACGUGAAGCUACUACACUUCUUAUGUCUUACGAGUUUAAGAAAAUUGUGGGGAAGUACAACAAUGAGGACAUAACUUACUACACAACGGAGUUUGCUGAUGGCGCGCAAUGGGAUCUACCUCCAUCGGCAUUCGAUGAUCCAGAUGUAUUGAAGGCCUUUAAUAGGAAGUUUCGUAAACGCCUACAUAAGAACAUGUCAGACGCAGAAGCUAUCUUACCUACAAACAAACGUCCUGAUGUAGUUAAGGUUUAUCCACAGACAUCAUUCAUUCCAAGUUUCAAGGACCAUGGAAUGUAUGUACCUCCUAAAGGCACUAAAAAACGUCCCAUCCACCAUCGGGGACCUCAAGGACCUACACCCAAACAUAAUAGAGUAACCGAGUAA